GCCGUUUGGUCGGGUGUUAAUGUUGCCGGUGUGCCGUUGAGUGAGGUCGUACCGGAUCUGGGCGGGAAGACCGAUAAUGAGCACUGGGAACAGGAGAUCCACAAGAAAGUUGUCGAUAGGUUGGAUAAUUUUUGA